AGAACGGUGAUGCGGCCGCACACUAAAUCGUAUGUUUCAAGAAUUUCAAAAUUGUAAAUAGUUCCGAUCUAUCUCGAAGCAACUCCAACGGUACAACGCUUUGAACGCACCACGUAGUGCGCAUUGCCGCUUCGAAAAAGUUAUGGCUUCGACAAAGUACCGUUUGAUCGAUGCCAUGAUCGCAGAGUUCCGAGAAGCAUGUCCAUAUGAACAAGCUCUCCAACGCGCUCUGGCUGAGGCUGAGGCUGCUGAGAUUGCUCGAAAUCUACCCUACCUUACAGACCACGGACACAAGCCUCCCAAACUUCCUGCGGAGCUCUGGGACAAAAUCCUCGAGAAAUUGAGCAGAAAAGAUGUCAAGGCCGUACGAAGCGCAUGGCGAAGUUGGACCGCUAUAGGUAUCAAGUUCUUGUUCAACCCUUUCGUGUUCCGCCCAGACCGUGAUGAUUUUGCGCGCUUCGAUCACCUCUCUCAAGCCCCAGGUUUUACUUCUGUUCACUCUCUCCGAUUCGAACUUGGCACUCUUCCUUUGGUGUUUGCGCCACACAAUCUUGGCUGGGCGUAUUGCCUAUACGUUCAGAGCUCGAUAGGAGUCGUACACUCCAGCAGGAUGUUAGUUAAUCUUAUGAACACCCAAGCUCUUCUCCCCAGAGUUUGGGAGCGUAUCAUACUUCACUUAGGAGGCGGUAAGAACUCGAAUCUGACUGAGUUCCUGCCCGAACAAUUUUUGGCGCAUUAUGCUGCUUGGAAUGUUCGUUGGCACGAGGCAAAACAACCACACGGAAAUGUCCAGAGACUAGGGGACGUGUUGAGUAAGAUGAAGAGUGUUAGCCGCAUUGACAUUUCAUACAAGACUUGUCCCUUCGACAACGUUAUUAACAUGGAAGCGUGGACGCAAGGUACUCUUAAUCACAACUACGCCAAGACCGUUCAAGAGCUUGAUGCAAUAUUUCAAGCCUUAAAGAAGAGCCCACAUACUAUCAACCACUUCUCCCAUGACGAGUUACCUGUCUCCUUCUUCAUGAAGAGUUCGGAACACAUCUUGCAAAUUACCGCACCAUUGUCUCAGUUAGCGACACUCCAUCUCUCAUUCGACGCUACUCUGGCUCCGCAUGCCAGUUUCUGGAAAGGACUUGGCACCUGCUUACAGACAAUACCCGGUCUCCAGAAUUUACGAUUUGGAUUUGCCCCGUUCCCUACUGGUCACAUUAACCAGGUAGGUUGGAGAGGUGGUCCGGAUAGGCUUACUGGGCAAUGGUACGCACCCUUGUGGAAGAUACUGGGAAAUUAUACUUGGAAGAAUCUGAAGACUUUGAGGCUCGAUGGUAUGGUCUUAUGUGAGACAGGACUUAUCCAGCUUUUCGAAAGACACUCCAAUACCCUCCGUUCAGUUGAGCUGCACAACAUUGGUCUUUGGCAAGGCAGCUUCCAGGUCGUAUUCUCCUACUUGAGAACUCUAUCUCUGAAGGCAUUCAAGGUCAGAGGUUACUGUGAAGGUUUGCAUCACAAAUCGGAGAGAUGGAGAUUUGGUCUACAUUUCGAUUGUCUAGAUCCUAGAUGGUCUUGGAAAUUCAGAGAACAUAUCAUGCUGAGAGAAGAAGAUAUGAACGAUACAGGAUGGCACAAUACACAAUGGCCUGAAGAUGGUUCAGAUGGGUUUGAGCCUCGAUCCAAGGGCGGCGUUCGUACCAAACUGGAGAGAUUCGUUCUCGGUACUGACCUCGGGCAUGGAGAGUGGCCCCUCGAUGACUCCGACUCGCUAAUGGAGAGCGAAUGGAACAUACACAAUGUCAACUGCGGUGAUUGUGUUCGAACCAACGACCAAAUCGACAAGCAGUGGGACGAGCAACUUGCAAUUCCCCUAUCGAAGAACCGGGACUGGACCGCCACAAAUGCGUCCGUACCCGGUGUUGGAGAGCCACGCAUUGUAGGGUUCUACGACAAGAAAAACGGCUAUGACGAGUUUGGUUUCGAUCGUCGGGGUCGUGACUCAACAGGCGAUUUGAUGAUCAAAGGGUUUCAACGAGUGUUUUCGUGGAGUGGUAUUACCGUCGAAGGACCAUGGCUUCACCGACUGAUGCGAGAGGGCAUCCUGUGUCGCAUUCCACGGUACUCCAAAGCCCUGAGUGCGUCUAGCGAGAAUGUCUUCCAAGAGUCGGACGAUAUAAAGAAGAAUCUCCACUGGCAUGUGUAAGGGUAAUAUGUUAAUGUGCUGGAAAUCUGUAAAGCUUUUCAACCGCUCUCUUUCAUAAAGUCAGCAAGCUCUAGAUUGAUAUGAUGAUGGGCAUUGCUGGGGGGAAUUAUUGCGGAUUCAUGCAGGCAUAACAAUUUCGGCAUAGCUUGAGCGUGUUGGGAAGGAGAAAUGAGUGAAGAG